AUGGAAUACUGGCUGAUUUAUAACUAUACAUCCAACGAUCUCAAGACCUUCAUAAACUGGUCAACAUUAACGUCAAAAAUCAAUCAAUAUUUUGCGCAAACCGAGUACAGAAAUGCACGCAAAUUCACGCAACAACCUCAUGAUAGCAAACACUCGGCUUCCUGCAGACUUCCACUCAGAGUACACCGACUCAACGAGAAAAGGAAUAACAAGCUUCAACAGACGAAUUGGCUACAUGGGAAACUUAUCUUAACAAGAACCCGACAGUCACAGCUACAGCUAGAGAGAACCAUAUUAGUUGGUUCACUUCCAGUCUGCCCAUCUCAACUGCUACCAGCUUGA